UUGUCAAGCUUGAUCGAAGAACAGAAACAAGUUUUGCAGAAACUGGAAAACGCACGUUUUCUGUAUUAAAUAAUUUCAGUUAACUGCGAUUCCUACCAGGAGAAUUCGAUCGUCGUGUCUGUCAUGUGGCGUGCAGUCUACCUCCCCAACAGUGUGGACAUCUUGGGCGACGACGGCCUGCUGCGCUACGGACGCGUAGUGGACGUCGCUGACAACGGACUGUUCAUCGAUUUUCUCUGCCCUAAUCGACGACGGGAACUCACUGCUUUCGGUAGCAUCUACCUUCCCACUGCUUCGGAACCUCUGCCGACGCGCGGAACCAACCCGCUCCAUGCCUUUGCAAAAGCAUCGAUCCCCGUGGAAGUGUUGGUACGGGAAUCUCUCUGCGGUCCCUGGAUGUGGGUCCCGGGUGAAAUGAACAGUCUAAUACCCCACGAAGCACCAAGUUCGUACGGUCUGGCAGUGGUCCACUGGUGGAACAAGAUAGAGCUUCAGGAUAUUGUUCCCGUGGAGCGUAUUCGCUGGAGGUUCCCGAGCCCCAGGGGAUGGUGGGGCGCUGUGGGCCGUCCUGUUCCGCCACAGUUUGCAGCCCGUCUGAUCGAGCAUUUUGAGGGUUAUGUUGAGGGCGUCGUAUUCAAGCAGCCCGUGGCCGUGGCCAAAGGAGAGUUCGCCAAGUUUAGUGUUUCGUUACCUAAACGACAAAAGUGUUUCGUUGUCGGUAACAUCGACGUUGAACGUUUGAAUAUGGAACUGUUGUUACGGGAUGAACCUUUCUGCUGUGUGGGCAUCACCGAUGGACGUAUAUGGUGUAUUGGACGUCGACAUACGCUGGCCGAGAAUACCCAAAAAUGCUAUUCAAAAUUUCAGCGUUUCCAGGACUUUGUGCUGGUGCUGGAUUUACUGCCCCUGUACCCUAACACAAGAAAACUGAUUGCGCUCACACCUAACGACGGUCCAGUGGACGAAUUUCGAGCUGUACCGGUGGAAUUAUGGCGAGAGGUGUUUUCCCAUCUGGACACGUGCGAACAGAACCGACUCCGCGCGGUCUGUUGUAUAUGGAAUGGCAUCGUGGAUUUGCCUGCUUUGACUGAUUGCCUUAUAGCUGGGACGGAUGGCAGCGUCAAAGGCAGCGGAACAUCCAAUUUCUCCUGCAUUCUUCGCUGCAUGAUGUCGACGGUCUUCCACUGUCUUCGCCCAUCAACCAAACACAUUAUCCUGACCGAUCGCCAGCGAAUACUGGAAAUGAAAGACUUCUUGAAAGUGCUGCAUGUGAUCAUUUACGUUGGCCAGCGUAAUCCCGGCAUCCGGUUGUCAGCGAUCUACCUGAGGAAACUGCGAUGUGCUUUGUCAUUCGGGAAGAUGGAUUUCACCGGCAAUUGCAGUGUGCAUCAUCCUGACCCAGCGGCACCAAGCAUCCUAGAUGGCGACUGGGGGGAAAUCCUUCUCGAUGAUUUCAUUGGGACGUGCGGCGCACUUCCGUGCGACAGCCUCCACCUGAUCCGCUGUCGUGUUCCGCUGUCCAUCCGGAGCUACAAGAAAUCCGCCAAAAUCGCCAGAUACACGUAUAUUCCGCUGACUCUGACCCUAUCGCAGGUUUUCGUGAAUACCCAACUGAAGUUGGAUGGAAAUUUUGAAUGUGCCGUGUGGGAUGCCCUGGACGGGAAUUUACCGGUUCUGGACGGGGAUAAGUUGGAGAAACUGUCUGAAGAGUUGGCGACCAUCGCGAAUAAUCUGGAUAUUCAAAGCACCAAAGCGCGUCGGAUUUUAUGUGCGACAACGCCAACUGACCCACGUCCAUCGUCGCUUUACCGAGGAGAAAUGUGGUGCACAAACGGCUUAAUGCAUCUACAACUGAAGAACCUCUCCCGUAUUACGCAGCAUUUUCUCCUUCAGUUCAUGGAAUCUGUGGCUCCGCUACCUUGGCACGACGAUUAUUCGGCGUAGCGUAUCAAGAGUUCAAUAGAAGAAAAUUUUAGUUUCAGCAGAUUUGUGGUGUUGGUUUGGUCGCAGUGUUUUAAA